AUGACGGCUUCUGGCCAUCAGGAUGCUCUUCACCAGUCCUCUGUCUUCACCGCACCAUCUACGCUGCUGACAUUCGGCACUUUGGGUCCUCCCACUGACGACCAGCAACAGCAGGCAAACGGUUCUGAUAGCAGCAACAAGCGUGGCAGACAGAUGCCGCAGAGCCAGCCGAUGCUGCGCGAGGAGCCGACCAUGGCGAGCUUCCUGCCGCUUCUCGAGCUGGAAAGGAAAGAGCGGCCGUCGACGGCGCGACGACUGAGCCAUGCGCCACGAACGCGAUCGAGCCUGGGCGGCGACGACGAAAACGACGAUGACGAUGAGUGGGGUAUCGAACUGGGCAGCUCGGCGGAUGCCUCGGUCGUCGACCGCAUCGAAAAGUGGCGCAAUCAGGUCCGAUCGCCCGCACCUAGUGCGGUGGGCGUGGCCGAAUCGUCCAUCUCGCGUCGGACGGAAAGCUGCAAGGUCGACGACUCGAUGUCCAAGCUCACCUCGGUCAGCCGCAGCCCCCUGGGACCGCAACUUACCGUCGCCGUACAAGGAGAGACUGGCGCCGAGAUCAGAUCGAUCGCACCCACCGACGAGCUCAAGAUGCCUCAUCGGAACGACGCCGGAUCGGGUUGCGAGUCGGACGACGGUUCGUCGCAGCGCACCAUCGAGUGCCAGGAGUCGCCGCUACGCACCAACAUGACGCCCCUACGGAGGUUCGGUCAGCCUCUGGGCCGUGUUCAGCUUCUGGAUCGCGCCGAGGGCGGGAAAUCCGCAUCAUCCUCGCAAGUCAUCGCGCCAACGACCAAGGGGAUCGAGGCUGGCUACCGUCCAGUGGCACAAGGUGCACCGAAGGCCGGCCGGAUCGUCGCGCGAGACAAGCCGUCGAACCAGUUGGUCGGAGCUAAGACGCUAGGCACGCGCCACCAUUACCGGCUCAGCGACUCGGAAGCGGAAGCCGUCUUCAACCCAGCUUCGAACCGCGCCUCGCCACCGCGCGUGUCCGGCCACCGUUCGUCGCCUUCCACCGAGCAGCAGACGACUACCUCGACGCCGUCGCCCACCGCCUUGUCGAGCCGUUCACGCCAGGGCAUCGAUACGUCCUCGCCAGACGUUAAGCGCGCCUCUUCGUCGUCGGCACAGACAUCCGAUGUCCAGGCCAUGCAGCGCGAGAUGCUCGCCAAGGCCGUAGAUCGACUCACGUCGUACGUCGAAAACGCCGGCGAAUUGACGAGCCUGCAAAAGAGCCUUGUUGCUCUUCACGAAAAGCUCCUCGCCACGUCGCCGUCGUCGCCUGGAAAGAGGGACGACCUCGAUGCUCGAGUCGCCCUGCUCGAAAAGGCCGUCUUUGCUUCCUCGCUCUCACCAUGA